UUCGGUUAAGAACGUGACUCAUCCAUCCGCCAUAUUAGAUUGAUCAUCCUAAAGAAGGAAGAAGUCGUCUGAAAUAAGAACACUGCUUGUGAUCGGACUCUCUUAGCUGAUUUUUGCAGAUGCAGCCAUGAGCUGGGGAACUGAGCUUUGGGAUCAAUAUGAUAAUGUGGGGGUACACACACAAAAGGGCAUUGACUUUUGUGAGAAAUUUACACACUUUCUAAAGGAGAGAUCUGCUGUGGAAUUAGAAUAUGCACGAAAUCUGAAGAAACUGGUGAAAAAUUUUCAACCGAAGAAGAGAGAAGAAGACGAGUAUCAAUUCACAUGGGCAAAAGGAUUUGUCGACAUGAUCAAAGAGGUCCACGACAUCGCUGGCCAACACGAAGUCAUUGCAGAGAGUCUGCAGGGCACUGUUUACAAAGAUUUACAGAAUCUCAUGACAGAGCUUAAGCAGGAUCGCAAGAAGCAUCUUCAAGAGGGUGCAAGACUUCAAGAACAACUACGGCAAAUGGCAUUAUCACUUGACAAAGCAAAGAAGACAUAUGAGAAGGCAUUUAAAGAGUCAGAGAGAGCAUUAGACAACUAUAGAAAAGCAGAUGCCGACAUUAAUUUAUCACGUGCUGACGUUGAGAAGCAACGGAUUAUAAUGAACCAGAAAGCCCAGCAGUGUGAAGAUUGCAAAAAUGAGUAUGCCAGCGUACUGCAGCAAUUCAACAGUCAUCAGCAGGAACAUUACCAUACUGCCAUGCCAAUGGUCUUCCAGCAACUUCAAGAAAUGGAAACCAAGCGGAUAACAAAAAUGAAAGACUGUGUUCUGCAAUGUGCAGAAAUAGAAAAAAGUGUUAUACCCAUCAUCAAUACCUGUAUUGAAGGCAUGAUAAAAGCUGCAGGCAGUGUGAACAGUGCUCAGGAUUCUAAGUUAGUCAUAGACAAGUACAAAUCUGGGUUCCCUAUACCUCAAGAUGUCCCUUUUGAGGAUCUGAGCAAUAUGGGUGGAAUGGUCGACAACCAGAAUAAUUCCACCUCCAACAAACAAACACCUUCUAAUCCUAUGAAACCGUCAACUGUAUCAAGCAAGCAGAAGAAGCGAGGUGGUCUGUUUGGCCUCUUUGGAUCAUCAAAGGGCAAACCUGCACUGCUUCCUGUGGUUGACGAUCAGAAGGAAGAUUUCAGUGACCUUCCACCAAACCAGCGGAGGAGAAAACUGCAGCAGAAGAUAGACUUGAUCAAGAAAGAUAUGGCUAAAGAGACUGCAGAAAGAGAAGGCAUUCUGAAGCUGAAAGAUGUGUAUGUCAGCAACCCAGCACUUGGUGAUCCCAAUAUGUUGGCAGAAAAGGUGGAAGAAAAUGCACAGAAAUUGGAUGCAUUACAGCAGGAGCUUCUUAAAUAUGAAGGUUACCUGGCAGAGUGUGAAGGCAAGAGAAGACAUAGUGCCUCAGGAGACAGUAUUCAUUCCUCAGACAGUGGGCAUCAUGCUCCACACACCAUUUCCACACCAGGCACACCACAUCAACAGCCACACAAUGUGUAUGCUCCAAUAGAUGGUGAUGAGGAUGGUGAUGAGUUUGGAGAAGGAGAUGUAGAAUUCCAUGUUAUCGGCACAUGUCGAGCACUUUAUCCGUUUGAAGCAACCAAUGAGGGCUCUGUGCCAAUGUCUGAAAACGAGGAAAUGCAGAUCCUGGAAGAGGACCAGGGGGAUGGUUGGACAAGAGUGCGGAAGGUAGAUGGGACCGAGGGAUUCGUUCCGUCCUCCUACGUCCAGUGCCAUUAUCUCACAAGUGAUUAAGACAUGAGCUGUGUUGCUCCCAGAAAGACUGUUGCUGUGCUCAAGACUCGGUUUCUCGUAGCAUUUUGAUGGUGGACUUGUGUCAGGUCUGCUGGGUGCUGGAACUCGAGUUGCCUCCUGGGAGGGACCCUUUACUGAAAUAGGCAAGGUCAUCAUUAUUUUUUUUUUUUUGGAAAAAAAGGAAUUUUGAAGUUUAGGUCUUUGCUUUUUUUGGUUUUUUUUUUUUUGGAGAAGGUUGUAAGUGGAGUGGAUGAUUCUUGGCUUGGCAACUUGGUUACUAUAGGGAGAAACAAGUCUUCAGUGCUUUAUGUCCAGAACUAGAAAGCAUGACCAGCAGCAGAACCGGCAAACAUGUCCAAUAGCAGAACUGGCCAGCAUGAUUAGUAGCAGAACACUAUGUUUAAUCUUAGUGGCCUGUGUUUUCGGGAAGAUGCAUUCUGUCACUGUUAAGUUCCAUCAGUUUCUUACCCCAACUUUUUUUUUAAAUUUUUUUUUUAGUGUUUUUAAUUUAAACGGUUAAUCCAUGUACGGAAAGACUUGUAGAUUUUCAAAUUUAAGAAUGUUUUAGAGAAAUAUAGAGAGUGGUGAAUCUGAUGUCAGAACUGGGAUCAAACUGAUGCUUAUGAGUUCUACCUCAGCAUACAAGAAAAGAACGGAAGAAAGUUUUCUAUAGAAUGUUGUGAAAGAUGUGUAGUGCAACUCUUUAUGUAGUCAUCAGUACUGACUUCUUGUGGUUACUUCAACAUCAAGUGGCAUGGCAUGGUGUUAAAUCUGAAAAAUUGCCAUCAGGGACCUGACUUUCUUUUACAUAAGUGCAUACUGAUAAUAGUACAUCGUGCUUCCAGUUUUAAGUUUUUCGCAUUAACUUUUGGUGGGUAAAGUUUUGUCAGGAUUAAUUAGAAUGGUAGUCCCAGCGGGUAAAACAGUGCACAUCAUAGUAGUUGAGUGAAAAAAGUUUCAGGUUCAGAAAAUGAAUUUGACAUCAGCUAUGUUAAAUGAAAAUACCAAAGUGGUUGGUUGAUGAGUUAUGGUGGAAAUUGACAUGGACAAAUUAUUCCAAAUUUUUAGCUUUAAAAUUGUACAGGCUGUAAGCUCAGCUCACAUGCUGCACAGAACAAAAAGCACAUUCGGCUUAACGGCAGGUGUCAUCAGAAAUUAGUUCUGUUACAGCUGCUUGUCAGAUAGGUUAUCAACACUCUUAUCAACACUACUUCAUUACUUAACCUUUCAGAUCCUAACAGACCACUGCUUUUUUAGAAGGUCAUGGUGUAAAUUUCUUUAACAGUUUCAAUUAUUCACCUUGUCCUGUCUCUGUUCACUUCUUUAUUUUGUAGAAGUUAGAGAUAGCAUGUAAUCAAAGAGAAAUGUGCUGAUUUUUUUAUUUUGUACAUUUAUGGAAUAUUAAAAACUGGAUGUUUUUAAAUAUUAAUUAACUCCCCCCCCCCACCCCCACCCCCCGCACAACCAAAAGAUUCAUGAAGUAAGAAGGAAAUCCAAAGUUAUAACUGGUAGCAUUAAUGUUAAAUUUUUUUUUCUACAAAUAGAUUACUUUUUUUAAAUGUCAACACGUUGGUGGGUACGAUUUUGCCACAUCAAACAAAUAAUUGAGACAUAACUAUCAAGGAAGCUUCUUCAUUGAUCCUGUGCCUCAAUGACUAUGAUUUGUGCAGUCAGAAGUGCAAGUAUAGCGUACACCCUGAGUUAGCAUUAUAAAGAAAACUAUGCUAUCAGUGUGCUAUAGAUUGUCAAUACACCAAUCAAAUUGUCUUGUGGUGUAGACUAGAAGUGUGUAGUUACUGUUACACUACAAGUAGACUUAAGUUGAUACUGCAGCUUUGAGGAAGUCAGUCUUUUGGGCAUAGAGCUGAACAUCAAAAUGCAUGACGUCCUACUGUAAGGAGAGGAAACUUGUAACUUUUAGUAUAAUUCUUGCAGUCAUUCAAAUGAUCUAUAAUGUGUGAUUCAUACUAAAUCUGAUAUUGUUUGGACUAACUGGUUUUUGACUUGUAAAUCAUUAUCAUAACGGUACAUAUAUGUGCGCUGUUAGCAGUGUACACCUUUCUUAUUUAGAUGCAUAUUUCUUAUACAGAGGUUGGUUUUGUGGGAGCAAUCAGGGUUAAUUGCUUUUAUAAGGAUGAGCAAAGGGAUGAUAAUUGGGAAUUAAGGGACAACUCUACAUGCGUCCCAUCCUUUUUGUGGAAGAAUUUUUUUUGUUGAAAUGGGAUAAGGCAAGAAAUAUUUUAAAGAAAAAUUUACAUAAUAAUAACGUAUGUUACAGCUUUUUUGAAAUCAAAACUGCAGAAAUUGAUAAAGAUGUAAUAGUAGGUCAUUGCACAGUGAUGAAGUUUUUCAUUCAAAUCCUCUGAAAGCAGGACAGUGGCACCAUACAUUUACAGCAGUGUGUGUGAUGUCUAUGAGUGCUAAAGUUAUUCUCAUCUUAAUAUAAUUGUGCCUGGAAGUACACUUGGUUUAGCAGGAAGUGUGCUAUGUGGCAUGCUAAAGAGUGAUAGCACCACUGUGAUGAGGAAUGAUAGAGGUUGCCCUUUUGAGCCAGUGUCUUUAGUGCCAUGAACUGUAUCACUUAAGAAUAAGAAGUUUUAUUGUAUUUAUGUAUUCAUUCUUGAUUCAAGCUCAUUUUCAUAGUGAGCUCUUAUCACCAGAAUAUUACUUUUUGAGCCCAACUUUUAUCGAGAUCACCUUUCCUAGCACCAGCACAUAGCCUGUGGUUAGGAAUUUUUCUCCUACAUGAAAUUUUUCACCUCAGUGUAAAUGUUUUGAUGUAUAGGAUUGCAGUUUCUUUUGGAAAGCUACUUUGGUUAAUGAUAAAGCACCUUUGAUUGAAGAAAUAACAGUUGAAGCUCACUUGCUGUUUUGCUUAAACUAGAGUCUGUCUACUUGUUUAAAAAAAAAGAGGGAAAAAGCUUAUCAUCAGUGAGAACUAAUAGAACUUCAUACAAAGACUGCAUAAAUUACACGCUCAUCAUCUGGGGUGGUGAAUGAGAAAUAAUUUCCUGAGGAACAUUAAGACUGCAUGGCAGUGAUUGCGUAAUUAAUUCAUUUUUAAUAAUUUAUUUUUUUUAGUUUUUUGGGGUGUUUUUUUUUUGUGUUCAUCAGUAAAAUGUUCAUCCCGUGACAUGCAAUAUUGCCAAGACAAAAGGAGUUACAAUUUGACAUACAUUAAAGGCGUCUUGUUGAGUGGUGUUGCAUGUUAUAGCAGUUGGGCCUUGACUUAAUACUGAGAUUAUUACAAAACUCAACAAAUAGCAUGGUGUGUAAGAUAUAGAAUGGGGUCAGUGUUAGCACAGACGUUCAAUGCUUUCUUCUACAUCAUUGUGAUAUUUUUUAUUCAUUUUUAUACAUUCAUGUAUGGUCACUGUCUUUACUGUGUUCUGUUGUUUCUGCGUGCCUCCUUUUGAUUUCUUGGGACUGAAAGAAAAAAAAAUCAAUUUUGCCAAUCAUUCCUUGUUUAGCCAUGUUGAAUGUCAUCCUGCAUGGUCUGUGCAUUGAGGAAGUGGCUCACGAUUGCAUUUGACUGUUGCCGUUGAUGGGAGUGUGUGAAGGAAGAGUUCAUUUGUGGGGUGGUUGUAGACAGGACCGUUCUUUUUAUCCUAUCAUAAUCUUCUUGAUGCUCUAUACAUCCCACAUGAAGUUUACCCCCAGAGUUAGAAGUUUGUAAGUGCUACAAAAUUUUAUUGAUAAAAUGAAAUUCCAUUACCUUUUACACCUUUUUCUAAUUUCUUUGUUUGAUGACAGUUUAUAAGCUCUGUCCACAAAACACCCACAAUUUUAGGCGAAACUUUUUCAAAGUUUCAAAUGAUGUUUCAGCAUUUUUUUAUACUUGCUUCAGCAGCUGCUGUCAGACAGUAUUGAACAAAUAAAAUGACCUCUUCCUCUUUUUCCCCCAUGCCUUCUCAUCCCAUCCCUUCAGUGACUGCUGAUGGCAUCUCUAGUCUAAUGGUGAAUGUGCUUUUUUUGUGUUCCAGUUUUGUGAGAAUAAAUGUUUCCAUGUGAAAUCUGGUUUGUGUCCGACUUGUUUACCCUGAAACCUGAGAAAAGUAUGGUUCUUUUCAGUUCGCACUAUUUGGGUCAUCAUACCACUGAUCACUGGUAUGAACAUACUCUAGCACAGUCUAGUUUUUCUGGUUUAUAUUUAUAUACUCUGAUAACUUCUCCAAGUUUGGUAAACAAGUGCAAGAUACUUAGCAAGUAUAGUAAGUUCUCUGGUUUUUUUUUAAUAACUAUUUGUACCUUCUAUUCAAUCAAUGCUUUAUGUCAUGAAAUCUAAAUAUGGAUAAAUCCUUCAUCCAGAUAUGUUUUUUUUUUCCAAAUGAAGCCCAUCUUUAUACAUUUCUCAAGCACUUCCUAUAACUAAUGGAAAUCUAAAGCAGUGAAAGAGGUUAUAGAAGGAUUUUACACUAAGCAUGUGUGAGACUGUUGUCUGGCAGUUAAAUUGAGAAUGAGGCUAAACCAGUGAGUAGGACAUAAAUAGGGUGAAGAAUCAGUCAGCGAAGGUGACAUUUGUUUGGUGUUUUUGCAAGUAUGAAUUUGUUGUCAAGGUGUUAAGAGAAAUAAAUUGAAAAGUAUAGUGAGGCCCUAUAUGGAAGAUAGUAUGACACAUACUACAUUGUGCUCCCUAUAAAUUAAAGUUAAAAAAUUAGAAAAUUUAAAUACACAAAUUUUUGAAGUCUGUGUAAGACUCUUAAGUUAAAAGAACUUGAUUUUUAUUUAGUGAUUUUGCAUAGAGGAAGUGUAUGUGUAUACAGCCUAAUUCAAAUUACAGAUGAAAGUUUAGUACGAAUAUAACAUUUGAAUGUGUUUAGUACUUUGGUCUAUUUGUUGGGCAGUCCGAUGGUGCAAUGGUGCCUGUUACCAAUGCAAUGAGGAUAAGUUGUCUUGGGUUCAGAUUUCAUCUCAGGCUUGCUGUUCUUUCUCUGCAUGUAGCAUCAGUUUACAAGGGCUGCUACUUAACUAUGAUAGAGCCUUAGUUGCUGGUUGGGUAUAGAACACCAACCCCUGUCCCCCACCCCCUUUAUCUCUCUGUCCACAAGAGCUAAUCUUGUUGCCUUAAAACAAUUCCCAACUUUUUUUUUAAAAUGCAAUUUUCAUGCAGCCAUGACUUGUGAAAUUGUAAAGCGAUGGAGGCACAGUAACGAGAGACGAUUUCUUGAAAGAAAAAUCGUUUAAUGAAAAAAAAAAUCCAGUUUUUUUCAUCUAGUCAAAAAAAAUACAGGGAGUUUUCUUUCUUUUUCUUAUUUUGUAGUCUUUUGGUGGGUUUUUCUUUUUUGCAUGUUGUCAAUGCCUUGUGUUAAAUUAUUAUAAUAGUAGUUCAGUAGAGUUGAUCGUGUUCACAUCGAGUUAUAAAGGGUUUGUUCAGUUUGGAUGAGCCUUUAACUUGAAAUCUUUUUUUUAGCUAUUAUCCUUUAGUACUUGGCUUCACAAAGUGACUUUGAUUUCCUUUUAUGGUCCUGUGGAUAUUUGUGUGGAGGUUCAGUGUCUUGCUAUGGAGCUUUCCUCUUCUGCCAAGGGGAGAUAAUUUAUCCCAUCACCCAACUUUUUAGCAGCUGACUGCUUAAAAUUUAUAUUGUUGCAAACAACAGUUUGUUUCCACACCUGCCCUACCAUUUAACAAGAAACCUUUUUGGGUUUUCAGAGUUCAAAUUGUGUGCAGACAGCAUACCCCUUCUUCCCCUUAAACCACAAAAAACUGCCCGAAACCUCCCCACCUCCCAAAUUAUAGACAGGGAUAGAGGUAAAAUGUGGGCAUUGAUCUGUGUGACAAGGAGCUGGUUCUCCACGUAGAUUAUACUAGUGUGUCUUGCAUUCAUCUAAAAAGGGGCUUGGUCCCGUGCAUUAGAAUGAUUACAAGGUAGAAACUAAUCAUUGACAUUUUCAUUUUUCUUUUUGAAUGUUUUGAGGAAGUGCGACUAGAACUGGAGUCAUAUGAGUAGUUUUGCAUCAACUUGCCUGUCAUGACCUUUUUUAUGGUAUAAAAUAUUAAGUGCCCAAAAUAUGCACAGAAAUAAUGACCACAGUUGGCAAUCAGGAAAACUCCAACAAGGCAUGAUGUAUAAGAAAAUAUAGUUGAUGAACACCUCCCAUCCACACAUAAAAAGUGCUAAAUCAAUGUGUUGAGGUGAUACAAUUCACCAACACCUGCUUUAGCUUUGGACUUAUGCAGCAGCAAGCAUUUUGUUCAUCUGUUUAUGCUAGAUGAUAUGCAUUUCAUUGACAUUUUAAAUAAGUUGUUUUUUUCAUGUUGAAGGUGAUGAUCAAGUGUAAUGAUAAACUUGUGUUUUAAUCCUUCAGAAUGAUGCAAUAAUGUUUGGUUACUUGUGUCAUUAAGACUUUUUAUUUUUUAGCAAGCUCCUUGAUUUGUAAUACAACCUUCUGAGUAAGAAUCAAGUCAUAUAUGUCAUAGAAUUUGCAACUUUUCCCAAUUUCUAGAUUUAACCAGAUUUUUUAGCCCUGUUGCAUAUUUUUUUCUGCUUGUAAGAUUAAUUUAUUAAAAUCUUGUUUUGCUGACAAUAAAAUCCAUUGAUUCUUAACCUAGUGUGAUGGUAAAGCUAUGGAUAAUCACACUGCCUUAUGAUGGAGUAGCAGUGAAUGGAAUGCCAAGAAGUAACAUUUAAUGAAAGUUGUAAAUGAGUAGCUCAGGCAGCUUUAACAAAAAAGUGUAAUGGAGUUUUGUCAGUGAAAAUAAAAGCUUUUGUGUAGGCUGAACUUCUUAUAGUCUUGGAAUGGGGCCCUUAUAGAGACUAGUUCUUUGACCAGGUAAACACUCGUGAAGCCAUGUGAAGCUGUGUUGGAACUAGCACAGUGUGAGAAUGAUUUUUGUGAGGUGUGAAACUUUAUUUGAUGUUCUUAACUUAUACAGAGAUUGGACAUUGCAUUUUUCUCCCAAAUACUGUUGGUAAAAUGCUGAACAUUCAGAGACUUAAUGAAAGGUUUAUUAGGAAUUUUUUUAUAAAAUAUUCACGUUGUUGUGGUAUUAUGUACUCAGAUGAAGCUGAUCCACAGAUGUGCAUUCAGAAUUAAUCAUUUCAGUGGUAUUAUGAUUUUUAUUUAUUUUUAAAAAUAAUUUUUUAUGUUACUAAUGCAAAACCCUUAGAUUGUAACCUAAGAUGAUAAGAAAUUUUCUAGCAUUGCAUCCGUAAGCUUUUGUAAUGAAUGUCAAAUUCCAGUUAUUAGAAUUUGAGAGUCAACAUUUUUUUUUUAGCAACUGACAAUGAUCAAAGGGUCAGAUAUUUUUUUUUAAUUUCACAAUUGUAGGUUAUGACAGUUUUCUUUAAUCUUGUGUACCUGUUGCCUUGAACCGAAUCUUGUUUUCCUGUAAGAAACUUUUGCAUUGCUGGUAUAAAGCAACAUUUUUGAUUACAUUUGCUGUACAACCAUGUCCUCUUUUACCAGUAAGAAAUUUUCUCUUGUGUUCAGAAGUAGAGAUGUUACUAAAUGCAACCAUUGUUCAACGCUUGGCUAAAGUGCUUGACUGACAAUGCAGGUACCAGUGCCAUGACAAUUAGCAGUGCUUUGUAGGUUGAUAAGUUUCAGUUAUCUGUGUGGAGGAAGCUAGAAAUGCCAGUAUCCCACUGUUGUGGCUGAUGAGUGUUGCAUCAUUGGUCUGUAGGUGAAGUGUUCAUUACUCUAGUAGACAAACUAAUCUAUUUGAAGACGUGUCAAGACCAUUAUGCAUUUAAGGAGCUCUUGGAAAUCUCUUCUAUUUUCAUGUCUCUAGAAUGAGGUUGGGGGGAGGGGACGGGGAAGUUGGUCAAAGUGAAUGGGAUUCAGGCACUGAACAGAUGGAGCAAUAUAAAUUUGUGCACCAUCAAACAUUCAACAUUUUUUCGGAUUCCUAUCUGUCACAGUAGCUGUCUGUAGUUUGUACAUUAGUUCACCAUUGUAUAUGUGAGUGUGUGUGCUCUGCUUCCAUAGAAUUUUGUCCUCCCAGCUCUUUGGGCACAACAUGUACUCAAAGAAAAUAACAGCCAAAGACUGUGGAAGAUGUCGGAUAUUUAUGGUUUGUGAUCUGUUAGUCUACAAGGUAGUCUGUACUCUUAAUGUACAUCUGUUGGUGUGGCCACCUUUCCCUCACCACCUCCAUACCCAAGAAAAAUGCAUACUCAACAUGCAAGAUGUAAGUACUUGGAAAUAUGGGUGUCAGAAAAAUGUCUUGGAUACAGUGAGUGGUUGUGUGGUGUACUUGUGAAGCUCGAUAUAUACGUCUGUUAGCAAACAUGUGAUUAUGUUGAUAGAUUUUAGAAAAUCUGUGCAGGUGCCUUUAAUUCUUGAUGCAGGCUUUUAGCUGCUUGUGUGUUUUGUCAAAUGUGUGUUUGUUUCUUCAAAGAAUAAUAACUUGAAGUUUUGGUUCUUGCAUUUACUUGUUGCUGCAGACCUGCGGAGUUGCUGGAAGUGGAUGUUGUACAUUUUAUUUAGUGAAAGUGAUUUUUAUCUUGAGAUGUGCUAGCUGUGUGUGCAAGCAAGAGAAUAAUUAUUACGUGCACAAUUUCAGUUUUUAGAUUCUAUGUGUACCCAUGUCUACAUGUGUAACUUGCUUUUAAUUCUUCCCCAUCCCACUCCUUUUUGGUGAGUUUGAUUCAGCAAUGUUGAUAUUUAAGACUGGAGGAGUUACAACCAAAAAUUGCUUGUGGAAUACAGAUUACUCCACUUAAGUUAUUUUUAAUGAUUUUUAAUGUUUUAAAAAUAUUUUUAUGCAAACUAUUAUCAGUAGACUGAACAUGUGCUGAAUUAAUUAUGAUGCACCAUAGCCUUUUUAUAGGAUGUUUUAAAAGCUGCUUUGAAAAGUAAGGAAAACACAACUAUCAACUAUGAGCGGUUACAUUAGCUUGUAACUGGUCAGUAGGAAGGCAAAUGCCAAGGAAAAGAACUGCAAAAGUUCUUUGAGGGAUAUCAGUUUCUUUGCAGUUUGUCAUAUCAGAUGCUGCUGCCUGCUGGCAUUCUAGAUUAAUCUGGUUUCGGAAGUCAGGCUCUGUGGUUUGGUCAUCUGGACAAAGGGGAGGUAACUACCGUUCUACUACAGCAGCAGUAUUCUUCCUUAGCUAGUCAACAGCCUAUAGUUCUCAGAAAACGGGCAUAACCCCAGAUGGACUUCAGAUGGACAAAAGAAGAUAAAUUCCAUGCAUUCUAAGAAGCAUUCUCUUCUGAUACCUGGUGUGUGGAUGGCUGUUUAUUCUAUAUCUAACAAUAUCUGUUCAUCAUGUUUGUGACACAGUUAUCAGUCUAACAUCUGUCCAAUAGAUAUUUCUGCAGCAGUAGAAUAUCAGACUAUUGUUACAACAGUAUAGAAAAAAAAAGAAAUUAUCUUCCUUCAAACAAGCUGCUUUCAUGGGAAGUAUUUCACUGUUUCAGAAAAUGCAAACUUAAAACUAGUAAAAGUUUAAAUUAGGAUCAAAGACGGAUCUCCUCCAUGCUUAACCUUUGAGAAAAUUAAAAAAAAUAAUCAGCUGUUAGUUUAGCAACCCUGAAUGUUUUUGCCAUCUGGGAAAUAAUCACCAAUAAGGGCCAUCAUUAUGAAGUUUCUCCUGGAGUAAAGUCGGGAACUGUUUAAGUUACAAUGCUUUUCCUAGACCCUGCAAACACUUCUUCAUUUUUCUUAACCCCAGGGCAACUUUGCCACCACUCCAGGGGUAAAACACCAUUUAUGGCACCUGGAUACCCCUAUAUAACUUUGGAAACAAGAAGCUUUUCCUUGAAUUUUCCAUGUUACACCUGGGCAACGACUUGCCCUCGUUUCAGUUCUUCAACCUUAGAAGUGCUCUUUGAAAUAAUUGUAAGAAAGAGAAAAUGACUGUUUUAAAAGAAACAAAAAAAAACAAAAAAACAAACAACUUUGAAUUUGAAUGGAGGCUUCAAAUACUGGGGUGUGUCUAUAGGAUUUCUGAACAAAAACUGACCAGUUCUUGUCUCUUGGAAAAUGUCUCCUGGCAGUUCAUUCCAUUACAAUGCAGCUCACAGAUGUGUAAUGUAUGCAAAGCUGUUGAUAAGCACAGACUUAAAAGACUGGUUUUGUACAGCAGAUGAACAAUUUCAUCUUUUUAAUUAUGAACACUUUGCUAAGAGUUUGAGGACCAUCUUGGUAUUUGAAAGUUCUUAAAUUUAGUUUUUUUUAAUGGGGAUGUGGUAUGUUGUGCCACAGUGCAACCUUGCAGGUUUUUUUCUGUUGUUGUAUAUGGGUAUAUUUCAGGUUUUUUUUUUAACUGGUCAGAAUGUUGUCUUGUAAAACCUAUGAAAUUUUAUGACUUAUUAAUCAAUUUAGACCAUUGCAAUAAUAAAGGAUGAUCGAUAACAGAAUUGAGAGACCACCGUUGUAAAACUGGCUCUCCCUAUAAAAAUUGUAUUGUUUUUUUUAAAACAAGAGAAACAUGUUUUCCUUUUCUUCUCUGAUAAUCCAUUUCAGAGAAUAGAGAUUUUUGACUUGCAUGCAAUAUCAUUUUUUUUAAUAACUUGGCAAAAAUGAAAUUUGUCCUGACAUUCCCGAGGAAGUCAUUGGGAGGGAAUUGAAAAGUAUUGCAAGACCCUGCUAAAGGACUAACACCUCAUUUCUCAAUCUUUUACUUGUGUGACGCCCCCAGAGAAAAAAAGGUACGUCUGUGCGCCCCUGUUAGCCAGCUAAUUUCACUAAUACCAAUAUGAGAUAUGAGAAACCUUAAAAUAAAAUGACUGCCUUCAUGCCCCACUUCUCCCACAGGUUGAGAACCGCGAGACUGACACAUUCAUGAAUAAUACUAAGAGCCUUUCAUUGUACGGGCUUGAAAUCUGAUUCCCUUUUUGAGUGUAGUGAAUAUGCUGUGUGUACACUACUUUUGCACCUUUUAUUAAAGAGUUAAAUAUUUUGGUGCCAUUCUGUUCAGCACUCUUAUUGUUUUUUCAGUCCAAGUUUUCAAAGAACAGUUUGAAAAAAGUGGGCCAUGAUAAAAAGGUUCAUUCAUCUUUUAAAAACAUUUGCACAUCACUCUUUAAUUGAAUUGUGAUAAGUUUUUGACUGACAGCAAAUUACCACUAUUUUGAUUGUACAUGCAUCUGAUAGAAAAUCAAUUUAAAAAAAAUUAGUGUUCUCUCUCCUCCCCCACCCCAGACGAUGGUCUUGAAUUAAGUUUAAGGAAAUGUACAAGCAAAAGUCAUUUGCUCAUAAUUUCAUCUUGAAGUGUGGAUGUGGCAGAAAUAAUGUUUCCAGGUGCAGAAGUGUGCAUGUGUGAAUCCAUUCAUAUUUCUAAUGAUUUGCUGGUUAAAGGCAGAUUGUCAACUAGCAGUAUUGCUUGCAAGCUUUGUACAGUGUCGUCACCUAAUUAUAUGCAUGAAAGUUUGUUUUUUUUGUUUUUUUGUUGGCAACAUUACAAUAAUGUAAGGAGUAUUGUUUGUCGUCACAAUACUGGAAACAAAUUAUCUUGUCCAAGAUGGAGGACAUGGUUGCAUCAGUGUAUGUCUUUGUCUUUUGCCCUUUUCAUGAAAAUAAAGAUAAGACUUGUAUAAUAGAA